UGCGUUCGUGGGCUGCCACAACGACGGGGGCUCCGUUCUUCCUCCAUCCAUGGUCUUUUGACUCUCUUCCUCUUCCAAUUCAAAAGGCAAAGAAAAGAAAAGGUAAAUGUUUCAUGAGACGUUGCCAUGUUUGGUGGGUCAAAUCGGCAGCUAAAAGGGGGGCGAAAUUUCUUCGGCUUGCAGGAAGGAACGAGUAGGUGAGCGCUUUGCUUUUUUCGUUAAAGGUUAGUAUUAGGUUAACAAUUAGCAAUGGUGGCGGGAGCAAUUAGGCAACAGGGGCGGCAGCGGCACCAUCACACCAACCCCUGCUCACUCCCAGCUCAUAAAUAGAGUAUCGCUGCGAGGGCGAAGAGUAGCUACCAUACCAAGCACCAGCCACCAGCAGCUAGCACCGGCUAGACCUCGGGCAGGAAGCAAGCAGCCGGCGGCGACACCAGAGAGGAAGAGAGGCAUGGCGGCCGGCGGCGACACCAUUGCCCGGGUCCACGCCGGCAUCGACAGCAGCAACAAGACGCUGCUCAAGAGCGAGGCCCUCUACAAGUACGUGCUGGACACGUCGGUGCUGCCGCACGAGCCGGAGUGCAUGCGCGAGCUGCGGCUGGUGACGGACAAGCACGAGUGGGGGCUGAUGCAGUCGUCCCCGGACGAGGCGCAGCUGCUGCGGAUGCUCAUCAAGCUGAUGGGCGCGCGCAACACCAUCGAGGUGGGCGUGUUCACGGGCUACUCGCUCCUCGCCACCGCGCUCGCCCUCCCCGCCGACGGCCGGGUCAUCGCCAUCGACGUCGACCGCGAGUACUACGAGAUCGGCCGCCCCUUCAUCGAGAAGGCCGGCGUCGCGGGCAAGGUGGACUUCCGCGAGGGCCCCGCGCUGGACCACCUCGACGCGCUCCUCGCCGACGAGCGCAACCUGGGCGCCUUCGACUUCGCCUUCGUCGACGCCGACAAGCCCAACUACGUGCGCUACCACGAGCAGCUGCUCCGCCUCGUGCGCGUGGGCGGCACCAUCGUGUACGACAACACGCUGUGGGCGGGCACCGUGGCGCUGCCCCCCGACACGCCGCUCUCCGACCUCGACCGCCGGUUCUCCGCCGCCAUCAGGGACCUCAACGCCCGCCUCUCCGCCGACGACCGCGUCGAGGUCUGCCAGCUCGCCAUCGCCGACGGCGUCACCAUCUGCCGCCGCCUCGUCUGAGUUGAUGAUCUGUUGCUGCUCCCCCUCGCUCUCGCCGCUGCUGCUGCCGUCCCGGUGCUUUCAAUAAGAUUCUUUUCCCCCUUUCUAUUCCUUUCUCUUUUUGCAAGUUGAUGCGUCGUCACAUCGUGUGCUAUACUGUACCUACUACUACUACUGUACUGUACUUGUGUUAUCGAACUGGAGCAAAUACAGCGCAUUAUUUUCGCCA